AUGAGCACCCAGAAGCUAUCGGCAGUCCCCGCCUCGGUCACCGAGUCCGUUCUGCAAAGCUCACAACCAGUCCCGGAGGGCUCUCACGUAGUGAGCGGCGUGGAUUUCGAUAAAUUCCAGGGCCGAGAUAUCACAGUCGCCGAAAUGGUGGAUAAUCUAGCCAAUACUGGCUUCCAGGGCAGUGCGGUCGCGGAAGCCGCCCAGAUCAUCAACGAAAUGCGUGCUUUCCGUGACCCCGAAACCGGGGACAAAACCACAAUCUUCCUCGGCUAUACAUCGAACUUGAUUUCAUCCGGUUUACGGGAUACCCUGCGCUAUCUCGUCAAGCAUAAACAUGUCUCAGCCAUUGUGACCACUGCCGGUGGCGUGGAAGAAGAUUUGAUCAAAUGUUUGGCGCCCACAUACCUCGGAUCGUUCUCCACCCCCGGAGCUGGACUGCGCGCUAAGGGCCUCAACCGCAUUGGCAACCUUCUUGUGCCUAACAAUAACUACUGUGCCUUUGAGGACUGGGUAGUGCCGAUCUUGGAUAAAAUGCUGGAGGAGCAGGAGGCAGCCAAGGUCAAGGCUCGGGAGACUGGGGAUGAGGAUGACGAACUUCACUGGACCCCAAGCCUCAUCACCGAGCGACUCGGUCGUGAGAUCAACCACGAAGAUUCAGUCCUGUACUGGGCGGCGCAGAACGGAAUCCCCGUAUUCUGCCCCGCCCUCACAGAUGGAUCACUGGGAGACAUGCUUUACUUCCACACUUACAAGUCUUCCCCGCAGCGACUCCGGGUGGAUAUUGUAGACGAUGUGCGCCGCAUCAAUACCAUGGCUGUCCGGGCGAGCCGCGCUGGCAUGAUCAUUUUGGGUGGUGGCGUGGUCAAGCACCAUAUCGCCAAUGCAUGCUUGAUGCGCAAUGGGGCCGAGCAUGCAGUGUAUGUGAAUACCGCGCAGGAGUUCGAUGGCAGUGAUGCAGGUGCGCGACCAGAUGAAGCGGUGAGCUGGGGCAAGAUCAAGGUGGAUGCCAAGUCUGUGAAGGUCUAUGCGGAAGCCACAGCGGUAUUCCCCAUGAUUGUGGCGGCUUCAUUUGCUCGUGCUGAAUCAACAUAA